GCUGCCGCCGUUGCCGUUGCCGUUGCCGCACCUCGGGGGAACCGGCGCUGCUGCCGUAGCUGCCUGAGAAGAGGUUUGGGGAGGAAGCGGUCGCCGCGCUCGAAGCCUUGCCGGGAAGUGUGUUGUCGCUCGCUGCCCGCUGCACGGGGAUGACCAUGGAUAAAAGUGAGCUUGUGCAGAAAGCAAAACUCGCUGAGCAGGCUGAACGUUAUGAUGACAUGGCUGCUGCCAUGAAGGCAGUCACUGAGCAGGGACAUGAACUGUCCAAUGAAGAAAGGAACCUCCUCUCAGUAGCCUACAAGAAUGUGGUAGGUGCCCGACGUUCUUCCUGGCGAGUGAUCUCCAGCAUUGAGCAGAAGACAGAGAGAAGUGAGAAGAAGCAGCAGAUGGGCAGAGAAUACCGUGAGAAAAUUGAAGCAGAAUUGCAGGAUAUCUGCAAUGACGUCCUGGAGCUCUUGGACAAGUACCUUAUUCUCAAUGCCACACAACCAGAAAGUAAAGUCUUCUACUUAAAGAUGAAAGGUGAUUACUUCAGAUAUCUCUCUGAGGUGGCAUCUGGAGACAAUAAACAAACUACAGUAUCAAACUCCCAACAGGCUUACCAGGAAGCAUUUGAAAUUAGUAAGAAAGAAAUGCAGCCCACACACCCAAUUCGACUUGGCUUGGCUCUUAAUUUCUCUGUCUUUUACUAUGAGAUACUAAAUUCACCUGAGAAAGCUUGCAGUCUGGCAAAAACGGCCUUUGAUGAAGCGAUAGCUGAACUGGAUACACUGAAUGAAGAAUCUUACAAAGAUAGUACUCUGAUCAUGCAGUUACUCAGGGACAAUCUCACUUUAUGGACAUCAGAAAACCAGGGUGAUGAAGGGGAAGCUGGCGAGGGAGAGAACUAAUGGCUGUUAUGCUUCACUGUCUGUUCAGUAUCACUCUGUACCCUACACAUAUAUCCCUUUGUGCGACAAAGAAUCGUACGUCAACUUUUCACAACCUCAGCAUAGCAAAAACAGUCCGUAGGGUGAACAGUUGGUGUUUGUAUCAAAAACUGAGAUUGGUAAAACAAAUAACGAUGGCAUUCUGGAGUUUGAUUCUGAUUAACAUUGACAGUUAGGAUUACUGAGUGUUUCUCUUUCUCUCUCUCUCUCUCUCUCUUUUUUUUUUUAAACUGAACACUGUGAUUAUGGGGUUUUGUAACUCAGCAGAACUCUCUCUUACUGGUAGGGAAAAAAAAAAGUAGACCUGAAUUAUAUGUAACUUUUUUGAAAGUUUAAUCUGAUAUCCAAA